GCGGAGGCCCGAGUCAGGAGCACGAACUGUCAGCAUGGCAAAGCGUCAACAAAACGCACGGGGGUGAAGAUUACGGAAAGCAAGCCAUUUAAGAGUUAUUAGGGAAGAAAUACAAACAAGGAAGACAGAAGAGUGCACAUUUUAAAGGAAAGCCUUCCAAGUACUGGGAAGUUUGAUUUCAGAAAUAAGACUUCCUCACAUUGACACCAUGGCCCUUGUUGCGUACAGUGAUGACAGUGACUUGGGGACAGACUCUGAGGAUGGGGACGAGGCUCAGAAGUACGCAGCUGUGAGGGCAGGUAACGGAAAAUCCUUAGUAGAACCUCCCGCCAGGGUGCCUCAAGCCAGGACAGAGGGCGGCGUGGACAGCAUCGAGGACGAGGACGAGGACUUCUCGAAAAGUGAAAAUACAUCGAGUACCCUGUUCUCCUCAGUGCCCGCUGCUGUGCCGGUAUCGAGUCUGCUAGAUGUGGGGGAGGUAGAGGAGGAUGAAAUAGUGGAUGUGCCAACAGUAGAUACAUGGAAAGUGACUCAGGAAUUGAAGAAGCAGAAUAAUGGCGUGGAAGAGGCAUCGCAGCCAGGACCUCAGCCUGCCCCAGUAAGCAAGGAGAGGAAAAAAGUAAAGAUCUUUGUGCCAUCACUGUCAGAGUUCUCAGAUGAUGAUGAGGAGGAGGAAAGAAAGGAGCCUCCAAAGAAGAAGCUGAAUCCAUCGAAGGGUGGCAGUGGCCUCUUCUCAGUAUUACCAGAGCCUAAAAACUUGACUGCCAAGGAGACUGGCCGCUCCUUAGUGCCUCAUGUUCUCACCAAGAGGCCAACACAACCCAAGAAACCCCAGACAAAGGUUCCAAAAGUAGCAAUGGCAACAGCAGGAGCAGGAAGAUCACCAGCAACGAAUGUAGCUGGUCACGUUUCUGAUGAAGAAGAUGAUGAAGCUCCAGCAGGAACCAUUGACUUCUUCUCUUUGUCAGAAACAACUUCUGUUGAUCCUGUCAUGGCAAGUAAAGGACUGGCUUCCCAUCAGGUUCCAGCUGCUGCUGCAUCAUAUAUUUUACCCAUAAGGGAGGUAGCUGAGGCUCCAUUAAAUCAACUUGAGCAACCUCCACCUGUAGUGGAGCAGCAGUACCAAGAUUAUGAAGAGGAAGGUCCUAGUGCUAGUGAAAGAAUGGCAAAUUCUUCUCAGCCAGCAGCAACAGGAACAAUAGCAGCAGCAGGAACCAUUGAUGAGGCUACCAUCUUACGAUUAGCUGGCAAGCGUGGCCGGGCUGAAGCCAUCAGUUUCAUUGAUGUGAAUGCAGAUGAUGCAUUACUAACCCGGGAUGAGUGGAUGACAAAGGCCUUGACUGAGGAGAAGCCUCUGCAUGGUUUCAGCAAGAAACGUGAAGGACUACCCACCCAGAAACAGAAGCAGAAGCAUCAGAUUACUUACCUGGCACACCAGGCUAAAGAACGUGAGCUAGAUCUCAAGAACACUUGGGCACAAAAUAAAAUGACCAAGAUGCAGUCUCAGGCAAAAUAUGGUUUUUAACACCCCUUCUUUUUACUUCCUUGAACAAUAGGGGAUCUACAAAGCUCACUGUAUCUCUUUAUCUGGAAUGUUGAUCUGAAGCACUUCAUGUGUGCUGAAGCUCACAAUAUUUAUUUAUUUUAAUUUGUUUUGUUUAUUUUUUAUUUAUUCAUUUAUUUAUUUAUAUAUUUUUUUGGUUUAGAAACUUGAAUAGAAUGCUCCAACCUUAGCAUGGGAAGUGAUAUCUUGCCCAUUACUGGAAUGGUUCAAGCUUGGGAGCCAUUAAAGGUUCUCAGGGAAUCUUUUUUUAAGAGCUCAUAAAAAAGAAAAUCAGAAAAAAUAUCAAUAAAAAUACUGAAACUAAGAAUUUAGGAAUAGUGGUUGGUUUUGCCCCACUUUUUUUAUUUUAUGCCAGCUAUCAUAAACCUUAACCUUAAUUCUCAUGAACUGUACUUUUGAGAUAAUUGUGGGUAUUGCAUAAAAAUGAUGAGUACAAAAACAUUCUGGGGAAUGAAUUGUUUAGUUUUGUUUAGGCCUCAAUAUGGUAAGAAUUAUCUGGAAGCAUGUCUUUUUGUGGCAUGACACAUGUACAUACUGCAUUUUGUAUUUCAUAUCUAACUGGUGACAUGUAAAAACUUUACUUACUACAAACAGUCUAAUAGUGAUUGUAGUUAUAGUAUUAUUAAUUAAACUAUUGGUAG